UGGAAAUUUGUUUACAUAGCCAAAGCAAACAAAUUGUAAGACAGAAUCCACGUGGUUUAUAACCUUUUAUCUCUGAAGGAAAUUGUCGUCGUUCCGUUUUCAUAUCCCCCUCCACGACACAACUCAAUUAAUCCCUUUUCCUCUCACUCCCAGAACCUCAACUAUUCCGAAACAAAACAACAAAAGAUGAAAGCUCCCAACAACAACUCCAAAUCGAACUGAAAACAAAUUGUUCGUCAAAAAAAGACUGAUACUUUUCAGAUUCUUUGGCUAAAAAAGGAGUCCGAGAAUGGCAAGCGGGUGGGUCAAAUCUUUGCAAUGCAAGUCGAGAGCUUAUGAAGAUGUUUACCGCCCCAGCCCCAAGCAUUUGAUUCCCAGCACCAGUUGUGCACGGAGUUCUCAAAGUAUCAAGGACGUCAUCGAAACUGUCAAGAAAAAACCCAAGAAAUCGAACCCCAAGCCCAACCCGAAACAGCAUUCGAGGUCCAGCAGUAAGUCCAGGUCCGAGUUGAAUAUCCCUCCGCCUCGACCGUGCCGGAGUGCUUCUCUCCCUGCCCAACCCCUUAGGGACCCUGACCCUGUCCUGCCGGCGCUGACGGAACUGCCAGAGGGUCACCCUUCGAGGAACGUGGUGGAAAUUAUUUUUCAUACGAGUUGGAGCCCCAAGGCUGUCACGGGUCAGAUCGAGAUGGUUUUCAAAGUUCAAAAUGGACCGAGGACGGUGAGCGGGUUUGAGGAUUAUCGAGAGACGGUCAAAACUCGGUCCGGCUCGGGCUCGGGUGGUCCGGCUUCUGCCGACGAGGAAAAUGCGAGGUGCGUCGCGGACGGUAACGAGGUAAUGAGCUUCCAUUGCUUGGGUCCCACUUCGGGGAACUGUGGAAUGAACGACAAGUGGCUAUUUUCCGGCAGGAAAGGUGACGUCGUCUGCACUUACUCAUGUAGCGGCGGCGCCCACGAUAGCGCGGGAGGUGGGAGGGGGAGGAAGGCGAUGUUGGUUUGCCGUGUUAUCGCUGGUCGGGUCUCGAAGCGAAUGGGUUUCGGGUACGAGCCGUUGGUGGAAGGGCGAGCCGGGUAUGACUCAGUGAGUGGAGACAACGGCGAGUUGGUCGUGUUUGAUCCGCGUGCAGUGUUGCCUUGCUUUCUUAUUCUCUAUAAAUUGUAAAAGUAGUUUUUUUUUUUAAAUUCCCUUUUAAAUGUUGUUUUUUAUGAGGGUAAGUGCAUCGUCUUUGUUGCAUUUAUCAACACAUUUUUUUUCUUCCCUUUCCGUGU